AAAUGGCUUCAUUCGAAUGGCAUCAUUAUCGAUUUUGGAAAUUAAUGUUUUUUAACACCUUCCAAAAGUACAAAAAAUAACUAUGAAACACUUCCGAAGACACCGAAUGGCUAUCAAUUGUUUUGCCGCAAAACCCAAUAUCCCACUUUUUUUUUUUUGAAUUUGCCCCACUGGCUGUGCUGUGAUGGCAGCUUGACAAUGUGUGUUUGAAAAAUCAGCUUGAAUUAUAAGCUUUGCCGUAUCACAACAGCAGGGCCGGCUUUUACGGAAGUCAAACUAAAUACAAUCACUCCUAUGAGAAAUCCAUUUGUAUCUGUCACCUUGUGCGUGAAGAAGUCAUAAAAGACGUGUUUUUCUGGUUUUUUCAAACGACUCCCGCCAGGUGCCAGCACUGCAGCUCCGUCAAGAGUGUUUUUGUGAAUGAAUUCUCCCAAAAAUGCGCGAUUUGUUUAGGUGUAGGCACUAACGCAGGGAUUCCCACAAAUGUUGUCGUGCUGAGCCAAAAAUAACCGUUUUGAAGAUCAGUUUACGGUUGACCAUGGGAGCAUUAACUGUUGUGGGAUUGGCGCUAGUGCUAAGCAUGUUCAUCAUACGGCCGACAGAAGGAACGGGAACCUGCGGAGAAAGAAAGUUGACUGCAUCUGAGCUGAUUGCUUAUGGAUACAAGGCACGGGCUGGUGCGUGGCCAUGGCACGGUGCAAUGUUUCAUAGACACAACCUAGGUGUGACCAAGUAUGCGUGUGGAGUGACGAUUUUGACGGAGCAAUUUGUAUUAACGGCAGCUCAUUGUACGUAUGACGGAUGGCAAAGGCUUCCGGCGGAUCGAGUAUUUAUCAAAGUGGGAUUUAGCAACCUGGACUCACCGGAGGACCAUUCGCGGCAGUUUGAUGUUGACAAGAUUAUUCGACACGAUGAUUACGACAAGGAAACGUUCGAAAAUGACAUCGCGUUGCUAAAACUGUAUAGUGAAAUUACCUUUACUAACUACAUACAGCCUGUAUGUUUGUGGCAGGGUGAUACACAGUUGAGCAAAAUAGUCUCAAAAAUAGGAUACGUAGUUGGAUGGGGACUUGAUGAAGGCUACAGCUUGCCCAAAUAUUUGCUCGAAGCGACUAUGCCAAUAGUGUCAAGCAAAGAAUGCAGGGAGAGUGAUAGGUGGUAUUACAACAAGUAUUACUUCGAGUCAAAAACAUUUUGUGCAGGAUGCCACGUUGGCUCCCAUGUCAGCCAUGGUGACAGUGGAGGAGGAUUGUAUUUGCGGAUGGGCUCGAACUGGGUUUUACGUGGAAUUGUUAGUAACUCUAAAAUAAAUGCAAGCACAUUAAAAGUACAGGCAGACAGUUACAGUAUAUUCACAGAUGUUACUUACUAUUUAAACUGGAUCAAAACAAAAGUGCCUGACAUACCUUAUUUCGCAGCAAAUACAAUGCUAAUUAUUGAAACUGAAACACAGCAAGAAAGAGAAGAACUAGUGAACCUGGCGUUGAUCUUGAACGCGGAAGCUGCGGAAAGCUGCGGAGAAAAGAAGAUGGAUGCGCAACAGCUGAUUGCCAAUGGGUACAAAGCGUUCGCCGGUUCAUGGCCUUGGCAUGGCGCCAUGUUUCAUCGAUACAGAAAAAUUGGGGCUUUAUAUGCUUGUGGAGUGACGAUUAUGACUGAACGGUUUGUGAUAACAGCAGCUCAUUGUACGAUUGAUCCGAAUGAAAGACAAAAACUCUCGGCAAACCGUGUGUUUAUAAAAGUGGGCAUAAGCAAUUUAGAAUCACCGGAGAGACAUGUACAACAACACGACGUUGACAUGAUCAUACGUCACGAAGAGUACGAUGAGGUCACUUUCGAAAAUGAUAUCGCGUUGCUGAAGCUCUACAGUGAAAUCACCUACAAUAAUUACAUACAACCCAUCUGUCUAUGGCAGGGUGAUACUCAGUUGAGCAAAAUAGUCUCACAAGUAGGAUACAUAGUAGGAUGGGGACUAAACGAGGACUACAGAAUGCCACAAGAUUUGAACGAGGCAACGGUUCAAAUUGUAUCCCAGAGGGAGUGCAUUGAGAGUGAUAGGAGUCAUUUCAGCAAGUUUUCCUACGCGUCCAAAACGUUCUGUGCUGGUCAUCGCAAUGGAACUCAGAUCACCCAAGGAGACAGUGGAGGUGGACUUUUCAUACGUGUGGGUUUGAACUGGGUUUUACGUGGAAUUGUCAGUAACGCUCGACAUGAUGGUUCUUUUUUACGCUUGUCCGAAGAUAGCUACGUUGUUUUUACUGAUGUUGCAUUCUACAUGAGCUGGAUCAUAUCAAAAGUAACAAUCAUGACCAGUUUUACCAUUGACAUAGAACCAAUCGUAGAGCAUCCAGGGUCAACUUCAUUAGCUAGUUCUGGCAGUCAAGCCAACCUGCUAGAAAUAGCAAACUGUGGCAAGGAUACCUAUCCGUCAGGAACACCGGAAGAAGUGAAAGGAUAUCUAAAUCAGUACCCAUGGUUGGCCAUCAUAGAAUACAUCAACAUGAAAACCCUUGUCCUGGAGGAUGUUUGCCACGGAGUUUUGAUUCAUCCUAGUUUCCUCGUUACUUCCGCCAUCGUUCUGAAAAAGCGCCUUGCCGUCAUCCAAUCGGUAAGACUCAACGAUUAUGAUUUGAAUACCGUGACAGACAUUUUCCAAAUCGAUGGCAAAACCAUUCAAACCACAGCGACGAGAAUACCCGUUAGUGGCGUAUUUAAACAUCCAGACUACGAUACUCCCAAGUUUGGGAACAGUAUUGUGCUAAUCAAGCUAGAUAAACCAACAACUACAACGCCAAUUUGCCUUGCCCCGAGAGAUGCAACCGACCUUCCCAAAGACAAAAAGUUCACUAUCAUCGGGUGGAAGCGUAAUAACCGUUCGGAGAAACCGAUUAUCCGAAAUGAGGUCCAAUUGGUCAAUUUUGCAGAUUGUCGGAGUAAAUACGCCGGAGAAAAGAUAGUGCUGGAUUCAACCGGAGGACAAGUUUGCGGCACCUAUUCGCACAAUGACGAUAACUCAAGUUGUUCGCACUAUCUGGCAUCGGCACCGUUCCAGUACGUGAAGAACGGACCGUUCGAGGGACGGUACUUCCUGGCGGCGAUGUUAUCGUUCGGUCACAGAAAUUGCAGGCGUGAUGAAUACCCGAAUGUAUUCACCAAUGUGGCGCACUAUUCGGAAUGGAUAUACGAGAAGGUUAAGCAGAAUGAGUGAUAUCUAUGAAACCACGUUGCAUGUCGUCGCGUACUGUUUUACCUAAUAAAACUUACAAAGGUUCUAUUUACGUCAUUUUUUAGCUCUUGGCCACCUUUUCCACUGUAGUCACAUCUUUUUGUAUCGUCCGGAGCUCCCACGAACACAUUUUCUGCAGGGUUUUGCUAUCAAUCGUUCUAGUCAAUAGAUCCACUGUGAAGGACAACGAGCUCGAAGUUCUUCCUUUGCCUACUACGUUCUCCUGCAUAUCGUCUAAAUUCGCCGUUAAUAGCACAUGUCGCUCUAAUAAAUACUUCAAUGUAUGUACCUACAUGGUAAAUUUGGUGCGGGGUUGACUUCGAAAAGGGUUCAAUGUAAAAUAUCAAAUAUAUGGGCACAGUAACUGGGCUCUUCACUUGACAUUGGCAUCACUCUGGAAAGGAAUAACCCUUAAAAAAGAUUACCGAUAGCGGAUGUCCAAACCUUAUUUUGCGUUUGUUGUCAGCGGCACCUAUGAAUGCAGUUAUGAAUAAACUUGUUUUUUUUUGGGUCGAUUGUGAGGAUCUCGUGAACAAGAUUAAACGACGUCAAACUGAUAUCUGUGGAUUUUGUAACUAUGAAGUUUAGUAUGUACAUAAUUAUUUGUGCAUAUUGUCUAGUACAUACAGUCGGAAUUCGUUGUACACGGUAUAUCAUCUCCUUUAGACCCACUGCGAUUUCUCGGCUUCCUUACAUCCGAUUACGUUAUUUUUUGAGCGUAGUGGGUGGCACAGUGUAUAACGAAUUCCAAGUGUACAUAUAUCAACAAGAGUGUCGUAACUCCAUUUGAAAAUUAGUAAAAAAAAAAUCCCAAUUUGGUUGUAAAACUCAUUAAGAACCGUACCAGAUUUGACCCGUGCUUAGAGAAGGUGGCAAACAGGGUUAUACCAAAAUGGAUCACAGUAAUGGACUUUUUUAUAGGUUCCAAUCCCAACAAGAUACAAAAAUUUGAAAUGAGUCAAUAACGACACGAUGUGUCUGUAUACGAUGUGAUAAGGGGCUGUUCAUGAACCACGUAGACGGGGAGGGCGGCCGGUUGUGUCUGGUCAAAGUCUACGCUGCGUACAAAUUUCAAAAAUUCUGUAAUGGAUGAAAAUCU